AUGACUUCCUGUCCCUCCAAGGGGAAGAAGAGAAAGGCCCAAGAGGAGCUGGGGACGGCCCAGCUGGAGGAGGAAGACGCGGGGACAUCAAAGGAAGCUGGGGAAGAGGGGGAUAGCGACUCGGAUGAUGUUGACGACAGCAGCGACUCGGAUGACGAGAGGUUUGUGAGUUCGGAGGACCAGUGCGAGGUGCUUGAGUGGUUCAGCUCAAGAGGUACGACCACCAUUUUAAAGAGCUCAAGAGCUAAAGAGCUUAAAAGACCUCAAGAGGUACUCCAUUUUAAAGAGCUCAAGAGUAUCUAUAAGGCGGCGGGCGUGGGUAAAGGGAAAAGAGAGGUCAAGUACGUUGUGGCCAAGAAGGGCUCCGGAACCAAGCGGGUGCGUCGGCUGUGCGGCGUCAAGGGGAAGUUCAAAGUGGUGGACGGCCGCAUGCAGAGGAAAGAUCAACGCGAGAGAGGGGGCAAAAAGGUGAAGGAGACAGAGGUGGCAAGAGUAAGGGCUCUCCAGUGUGUCUCCUACCUGGAGGUAUUGAGAAGAGUCGAAGGAGCGAGUGGAGCUGAAGAAGUCAUGGUAGUAGAGCUCACAUCAGUGAAUGUUUCUCCGCAACCGAGGGAUGGUCAUAAACUGCACAGCAAAAAUGGAGAAGAAAUCAGAGAAAAUUGCAGCAGGGCACUUUUUGGGACUGAGUUCACAGCCGAGGCAUUGCAAGAAAUCAUGUCAAAGGAUGUUCCGCCCUCACAGGCCCGUUAGCCUGUGAGGGAUGUGACUUGAAUUGUAAUGUGAGUGGGAUGGGUUUUUUAAUGUGUCUAUUUUUUUUGUAUUUUGGAUGAUGACGUUUCUUUCCCCCCCUUUUCUACAAUGCUUUUUUUUUAUUCUAUAGUUUACCACCUGUACAAUAGGUGGUGGCAUGCACCUCUAAUGAUUGUUUGCAGUCUGUCACAAUACCAUAGAAGAAGAAGUGGUUUAAUGUGGGUGUUAUGUCAAUGUUGCAAACACAGCUGAAAAGAUGAGAAUAUUUAGCUACACUGCUUCCAAGCAUAUUUUUUGUUGAAUUAAUAUGGCCUAUUAGGAAGUGUACACGUGUGAAACUAAAUUUAGAAAGCAAACAAUUGGUUUGCGCCUUAGCCAGGACCUCCACUAGAGGGUUGUGGCUACUUCUUCUUCUAGCUAGAGAAGUAAUGAUAACUAUACGUGAAAGUCAGAAUAUUAGGUUAUUGAAAUGUUUGUGCUAUAAAUGUUUGUGCUAUAGUUUGCUGACUUUGCUGAUAUCUACUAUAUUGAGGAAAAGUGUACUUACUAUUCCUGUGAUGUGGUUGUCCCACCUAGAUGAAUGCAAUUACUGUAAGUCACUCUGGAUAAGAGCGUCUGCUAAAUUACUGAAAUAUAAAAAAUUUAAAAAUCAUAUCCACCCCACUUUUUUUGUCAGAGUCAUUCGGGUGAGAAGUAAGGAGUAUGGACUUUACCGAGUCUCACAGCGACACAGUGUCCAGCCUUGCUGUUGCAGCGUGGCAGCACAUGAGAGGAAUGUCAGGCAUGUGCGCUUACUGAUCCGUAGAGGCUGCAGUGUGGACAGCAGUGUUGACAGCAGGGACAACCGUGCCUGGAACGUCCUCCAGGAGACUGUGUGUGUGCGCCAGCAACUUAAAAGGCUCUGCAUGGUCAAUCCGACAUCUGAAGUGGCCACACAGAAUUUACUGCAAUGCAGCCUCUGUACAUGUCAGGGGUUUCAUAAUUAUUCUGCUAGUGGACAGAGCAGAGCUAUUGUGAAGGUGAUAAAGGCAUUUAUAUGUUUAAAGUAAUGACUAAAGGAUUCCACCCUGAAAUCAUGUAAUUGUAUGAAAUGUGUUAGAGUAAUAAUUCCAUAAUGUGUGUGACUAGACCAUUGUGUUACUAUUUCGCAAUAUGAGCUGGGUAGAGUUGAAACAUUCAAGGCUAACUGAACUGUCAACUUGUGAUAACUCUGAAAACUGACAACAGGAUAGAGGGCCCUUCCAAAGCCCCUCUAAUCUAGGGAGGAGAGGAACGGCUAGAAACUGCCAGGCAGGUAGAAAAGUGAGCGUGUGUUUGCAUUUUUGACUUCAGAGUACUCUGAACAAAGAACUAAACUAUUGCAGACUGGGGGCUUUGUCUAAUUCUUCAUUAACCAGGGUAUUACAAACUUCUGGGAAUUGGUCAAAGCUAUAGUGAUAGUUGAGUUCAACCAUUGGGAUACAAAUUCUCGUGACAGAAGGAUGUUGUCAAGUAAGUGAGUUUGUGUUUAUACAGGACGUACCACACCCACCUACCAUCAACCAAUCAUGUCAAAGCUAUAUGGAGCCCUCUGCAUCGUUACAAAAUUUGAGAGCCGCACAGCGAUACGGUACGGAGCUUGAUCGAGCCUCUGCAAAAGCUCCGCAAUUGUGUCACACUCUCCUUAUGAAGCCCCCGACCACAUUUUUGGAUCAAGCAUAAAUUGGCAUUUAGGCUGUCGGUAAGGAUUGUGUAAGUGCACCAUCUUUCUCUUUCUAUGGCUCUUCCUCAAUUGUGAAAGCCAACCUAAUGAUGAGCUAAAUUGACGACUCACUAAAUUAUUCCGCUGCUCUGUCGUUCGCUAUGUACUUUAAAGCACACAGGUAGGAUUGUCAAAUAAAUCUUUGCCUGCCGACGGAAUUUUGCCUGCCGUUCCUAGGUGAGACAAAAAGCAGAACUACAAUAGUCCCAGUAUGUAAAAUUAUGUUGACAAGAUGUUCCAUCAGCAAGGGCAUUGAAGAUGAAACGUGGCUGGGUCUUUCAGCAUGACAAUGAUC